CUUUGCAGCAUUGCAUCGUAGAUACGGCAUGUAAACGGGUGAAAAGAAAAAGGACAUGGAUACAAAUAUAUUUAAUUUCUCAAUAAAAAAGACUAUCAUAAGAAUGAGGAAGCGCUGGUAAUAUACGCAAGUAACGCAACCGAAGACAGGACCCUCUUAUUUCAGUGCAUAUUAAGGUAUUCCACGGAUAAUCCAUAGUUGCAGCCGUGUUCGCCAUGGCUAACUCGUGUGGGACAGUGGAGAUGGCGUCAUUGGAAUGUGCUGCCUCGAAUCUGGCCUGUGAAGCAUCACCGGAGCCUGACAGUGGGGCGCUGAGGAUGGUACUGGUGGGGAAGACAGGCGCAGGGAGAAGCUCUUCUGGUAACACCAUCCUAGGGAGGCAGGCAUUCCGGGUGGACAUCUCUUCAUGUUCUGUAACUGGUCAGUGUGACAGACAGAGUGGAGCUGUGGCUGGGAGGAACCUCACUGUGGUCGACACCCCAGGGUUCUUCGACACGCGCCUCUCCCCUCAGGAGGUGACAGCUGAGGCAGGCCGCUGUGUGGUGCUGUCCGCCCCUGGCCCCCACUCCWUCCUGGUGACCCUUCAGCCUGGCAGGUUCACUCAGGAGGAGCGGGAUGCCCUGGAGUGGGUCAAGGCCACUUUUGGACCAGGAGCCCUCAGAUACACAGUAGUACUGUUCACCUGGGGUGACCAGCUUCAGGGAAAAAGYAUGGAAGACUUCCUGAAGGAGAGCCAGGAGCUCCAGGAGUUUGUGAGUAGAUGUCAGGGGGGCUACCAUGUCUUUAACAACAGCAACAAGAUAACAGACUGCACUCAGGUCACAGAGCUCCUGGAGAAGAUAGACAAGAUGGUGACGCAGAACGGAGGUGGCUGUUACACCAACCUGAUGUACCAGGAGGCAGAGAGAGCCAUCAGAGAAGUGCAGGAAGGAAUUCUGGGAGAGAGAAGGAUAACUCCAUUGAAGCAGGAGGAGGAUGGGGUGAAGACAGGGCCAGAGCCUCAGGGACCGGAGGCAGAGAGAAUGAGAAGGAGGGAAGAGGAGGAGAGGAGAAGAGAGGAAGAGGCAGCCAGAAAGAAGGCAGAGAAGUUGUUCUGGUGUGAGCUGGUGUCUGCCCUGGGGAAGGGGGCGGCAGAGGGAGCUGGAGUAACAAGCAAAGGGAAAGGGAAAGCAGUGAAAAAGGUUAAGGCUAUAGAGAGGGCAGCAGCUUUGGCUACAACACCGCUGUCAAUCACAUCAGCUGCCAAAGUGGUGGGAGGAGCUGUGAGAGAGGGAAGUAAAGUGCUUUACAAACACCGCAAAACUCUCCUACACUGACGGGGACUUUUAAUAUCCACUAUUAUUCACUGUAUGGUGCUGGGUUAUCAGGUAGAUGAUGAGGGUCUUAAAUAACCCGUAUAUUUUUUCUGUCUCUGAAGUGCAAAUUAGUUUUUACACACUUAUUUAUCACUCAAAUCUGUUCUUUGAAAAAUCAUCACAAUGACGUCAUAAGGCAGGCUUGCUAAAGAGCGCAGAUGCACUUUCUUCCAUUGUCAGUCAUAGUUGAAGCUAUUAUUGCACUAACACAUGGAGGUAAAUGAUCAGA